UAGCCACAACUCCUCAAAGUUACAGCAACCACAGAAAUGGCCGGCUUAGAACCUUAAACCUUUAAAAACCAUGUCUUUAAAUAUCAUCCUUUUGUAUCUUUCAAUGUCUCUCAUUCAUGUUCUUAAAAACCCCAUUUUUCCCCUUCUCAGCCAUUAAUUAAAGGCCUCUCCUUUGUUAGUUUCAGGGGGUUUUAGUUUUAGAAAACAUGUCUUCAUCUUCUUCAUGUGGUGUCUCACCUUCAGUUAGGACUCAAAUUUUAAACCCAAUCUCUAGCAGGUUCUUUGCUCCUUCAAGAAUCAAUUUUCAACCAAGAAGCAAAUGUGAGAUGAUAAACAGGAGGGGUUUUGCUUUGAAGGGGAUUGUGGCAUCUGGUGUCUCAGUUAUGGGAUCUUCUUUGACCAGUGAACCUGUUCAAGGAGUGGAGAGAUUACCGUUCAAGCCAGAUGGAUACAAUUUUUGGACAUGGCGUGGUCGGAAAAUACAUUACGUAGUACAAGGAGAAGGAUUCCCUAUUGUUCUUAUUCAUGGAUUUGGUGCUUCAGCUUUCCAUUGGAGGUACAACAUACCUGAAUUGGCUAAAAACUACAAAGUUUAUGCCAUAGACUUGCUAGGAUUUGGGUGGAGCGAGAAAGCGAUUAUUGAGUACGAUGCAAUGAUAUGGAGAGAUCAAGUUGUCGAUUUUUUGAAGGAGGUCGUAAAAGAGCCAACUGUUUUAGUCGGAAACAGUCUUGGAGGGUUCACGGCUUUGGUUGCAGCGGUGGGGUUGCCUGAACAAGUGGUUGGCCUGGCAUUGCUGAAUUCCGCAGGACAGUUUGGAGACACGAAGGCUAAAACCACGGAAUCUGAGGAAACAUUCCUGCAGAAGUUUGUUUUAAAGCCAUUGAAGGAAGUUUUCCAACGUGUAGUCCUUCAGGUUUUGUUCUGGCAAGCGAAGCAACCGACUCGGAUCGAAUCCGUCCUAAAAAAUGUAUAUAUCAAUACCUCCAAUGUGGAUGAUUAUCUCGUGGAAUCCAUUAAAAUGCCUGCGGAUGAUCCCAACGCCGGAGAAGUGUACUAUAGGUUAAUGACACGGUUCAUGCUGAAUCAAACCGAGUACACCCUAGACAGUUUCUUGAGCAAGCUAACAUGUCCGUUGCUGUUGCUGUGGGGUGACUUAGAUCCUUGGGUCGGUCCGGCAAAGGCUAACAGGAUCAAAGAAUUCUACCCGAACACGACACUCGUAAACCUAAAGGCGGGACACUGUCCGCACGAUGAAGUCCCAGAACUUGCUAAUAAGGCUUUGGUGGAUUGGUUAUCAACUAUAGCAAAAAAAGCUUCUUCUCUCCAAACAGUGUGAAAGAUACCCAGUUUUAUGACAUUAUAUCUAAUCACUCUUUGGUAAUAGGAUUUACUUGUAAUAUAAUUGUAAAUACAUUGAUUGAAUUAAACCCAUGAAUCUCACCAUAUUAAUCCAUUUUUCAUGUAUAUGCAAGACAGUUUAUAAUUGUUUAUUACAA